AGCAAGAUGACGGCGGUCUCAAUGUCAGAGGCGCUGAGGCAAAUGUUGUGGGGGAAAAGAGCAGUGGCUGUAGCUGCCAUUUCCGUUUCCAGGGUUCCUAUCAGGUCGUUAAGCACUUCCACAUGGAGGCUGGCACAGGUCCAAGCUCGGGACACGCAACCCAUAACAGUUGAUGAAAAACUGGAUAUCACUACUUUAACUGGUGUUCCAGAAGAGCAUAUCAAAAUUAGAAAAGUCAGGAUCUUUGUUCCUGCUCACAAUAACAUGCAGUCUGGAGUAAAUAACACAAAGAAAUGGAAGAUGGAGUUUGAUACCAGGGAGCGAUGGGAAAAUCCUUUGAUGGGUUGGGCAUCAAGGGCUGAUCCCUUGUCCAACAUGGUUCUAACCUUCAGUACUAAAGAAGAUGCAGGUGCCUUUGCAGAAAAAAAUGGGUGGAGCUAUGACAUUGAAGAGAGGAAGGUUCCAAAACCCAAGUCCAAGUCUUAUGGUGCAAAUUUUUCUUGGAACAAAAGAACAAGAAUAUCCACAAAAUAGGUUG